AUGCCGAGUACACAGGAAGGAUGGCUAAAGAUCGCUGCAGGCUUCGAGAAUGUAGCAAACUUCCCUAACUGCAUCGGCAGUAUCGACGGGAAGCACGUACGAAUAAUCUGUCCUGAACACAGUGGAAGUUCAUGUGGAACAGACUCAGACUCAACUAUUUUUAAGGGAAGCACUUUAUUUACGAAAAUAAAUAACGGAGACAUAAUGUUACCUCCACCAAAACCACUACCUAAUACUACCGAACCACUUCCAUAUAUGAUAAUCGGUGAUUCUGCAUUCGGUAUAUCGAACAAAGUUUUAAGACUUUACGCACGAAGUAAUCUGACAACAAAAAAGAAGAUAUUUAACUAUAGAAUGAGCCGUGCUAGAAGACCAAUGAAUACUUCUUUGCCAAAUACAAUAACAAUCGUAAAGGCUUGUUGCGUUUUGCAUAACUACAUAAGAGAACGAGAUGGUUACAGAGUAGAAGGCACACUAACUGUUGAGGGGUUUCAAGAACUUAAUCUCAAUAUGAACGGUAAUAUUACAAGAUCAGGCGAUAUGAUAAGGGAUAAAUUUGCCAACUAUUUCGUUUCUCCUAGUGGAAGUGUACCGUGGCAAGAUGCUAGUAUAUUUUAA